UCUUUUGUUACGGAAUGACAUUGCGGGAUGCGAGAUUGACGAGGCUUCUAAUUGGCUGCGCAAAGCGAGCCGUAUCUAUAUGAACUUGCGUGGCCAAUCAGAGGCUGUCCUUGGCAUUGCGCGAACGACUUACGCAGAGGCUGUAGGCAUAGGUGGUCGUCCGAAGCGGUCUGAAGUACUGUGAAGAACAGCCGUCUGAAGUGGGUGGGAAAAAAUAAUAGUUCGACUGGUUCCGCGGUAGGUGAAAGAUACCUUCAUCAGGCAAAUAAUGUCACAUCAAACGGGAAUCAAAGCCAACGAAGCGCUCAAGAAAUUAUUUGCCAAAUGCCGAGAUGGAAAGAUACGCGUGCUCAAAGUUUCCAUCGAAAACGAGGAGUUGGUACCUGCCUUUUCUUCCAAGGCUGUCGGGAAAUGGCAGGACGACUACGACAAGCUGAUAAAACCGUUGAUUGUCGAAAACCAGCCAACCUACAUCCUUUAUCGGCUUGAUACAAAAUCGCCUGACUCCGGCUAUGACUGGUUGUUCAUUUCUUGGUCACCCGACACUGCGUCUAUAAGGCAAAAGAUGCUUUACGCCUCAACGAAGGCUACGCUCAAGCAGGAAUUUGGAACGGCUUCCUUCAAGGAAGAAUUGCAUGGCACAGUCCCUGAGGACAUUACGCUAGAAGGAUACCAUAAGCACAAAAGGAACGACGCUGCUCCCGCGCCCCUGACAACAGCUGAAGAGGAGCUGGCUGAGAUCAAGAAAACCUCUGUACACACUGAUUACAGUGUUGAAACAAGACAGCAGACUUUGAGCGGUGUCGCUUUUCCUGUUACGGAAGAAGCCAAGCAGGCCAUUAACGACAUUGGUAAAGGAAUUACCGAGUAUGUUCAGCUGAAAAUCGACCUAGAAGAGGAGAAGAUACAUUUGGUCAUGGCCUGUGAUGUCUCAUUAGAUAAACUGCCAACUAAAGUGCCAGCUGAUUCUGCCAGAUAUCAUUUAUACAACUUCAAACACACUCACGAGGGUGAUUACAUGGAGAAUAUCGUUUUCAUAUACAGCAUGCCCGGGUACAGUUGCAGCAUCAAAGAACGAAUGCUGUACUCUUCGUGCAAGGGACCCCUUCUAGAUCUUAUUCAAUCGUUGGGAGUCAACAUAAUCAAAAAGUUGGAAGUAAAUAGCGGCGAAGAGUUAGCGGACAUGUUGGAAGAUCCUCCUACCAUAAAAGAAACUGCAGCAACAACUCCUGCCACUCCGUCAACACCUUCUGCCCCUCCACAAACUAUACCUGAUAAAAAAUCUAAACCAAAACGCUCGUGCGUCUUGAGUUAACAGGUUCUCCAAUUAAUAUUUGCUGCUUCAAAAACGGUUCUGACAUUGCAAAGGGAGGUGAUAUGAUUUCCACUUGGAAACAUUAAAUUUGCAGUUAAAACUAUUAUCGAUAAACUACGUCAACCUCAAAUUUGUUAGGAAUAACAACAAUCACAAGAACAACGCAUGCUGAUUACACCACAAAUUUUGAUUUUCCAAGUUAGGAAAUAUUGUUUUUAUAAAAUUUUCUACAUGUUAUUGUGUAGAUUGAAUUGAAAUUUGAAAACAUUCUAAAAGUAAACGCAUUUACUGAUACCAACAUCUCUGGAUUAUUAGAAUUAGUUGUUCAAAGUGAUAACAUGCAUCUAUUUAGUAAAUUAGAGUAGACCAAAUGGUGUAUUUUUCUAAAUUCUAAUACCAAAAUUGGUAAGCCAAAUUCUUGUCUAAGUAAUUCGUAUAUACUAUAUAUCUCUGGUACAGAGAGAGAAAAAAAAAAAAAGAAAAGAAUAUUACGUACAGAAAAUAUAUCUAAUAACUAUUUAGAUUUGUUUUGAACGAGUAUGAUGUAUCAUUUUUUUAUUCGUUUGUUUUUUGGAGAGAGAUUAUUAUCAACUUUCAUCGCAACAAAUUAUACGUCUCAAACAGUUUGGAAAAUAGGCCCUUACUGCUGGGUUUUUAUGACAAGUUCGCAUCAAAAAUAUUUUACUAGUACAUUAUUUUCGUACCUAUAUAUUAAUGUUAAUACACUUUACAUAUGAAGUCGCAUUGUAGACUCGAUAGCAGCUUGGCGCUUUGUCACUUGCCGAAUUUUAGCCCUUAGGUUUAUUGAAUAUAAUAAUAAUGAAAUUGUCACGUGCCAGAUUUGAGUUAAUGCAUUAACUGGAGGAUUUUUACCUUAUUGGAAAAGUCGUGCAUACAUAACCAGAAUCAAAAAACUAUAUAUAAAAAAUAUUUAAUCAAUAAAAAUAUUAUAUUAUAGUGAUGAUAAAUAAAAUAAAGUUUAUUUCUCAGGUAGCUUGCACUAACGAAUACGUUUAUUGAUUACUCAAAUUAAUUCAGAAUGGUUGAAACUGAUAGAUCUGUCGCGAUCUUUGCCGUUUGCGAGUUUUAACACGUAACAAUGAGAAAGAAAAGCAACAAAGCAAUUACUCGCACAUAGUUGUUUAAUGUAUAAAAACCCAGUAUAUAAUAUACCUUGUCUCAAAUUAGUUCCUAGUCUCAAAUCAAGUGAUACGUACAUAUAAGUUGUCUAUUAAUGUCUUUAGAUGAAACUUAAGGGCCUUAAUUCCAAACGUCAAUGUCGACACUAAAUAGAACUUAAGCGGUGUAGGACGGUAUUGUUAUAAUUUAGUAUUUUCAGCAAGCCACAUAUAGCUGAAUGUGAUUAUUAGAGAGUUAGGAAAGAAUUCCAUGUGCUCUAGCUAGCUAACGCCACUAACCUGACUGCUCUGCAUAUUCUAAUGAUAACAUUGUGUUGACAAAUGAUAAAAAAUGUGCAAAUGUUAUUGUUUAACGUCAGAGUUGAGCUAUAUUCAUUCCACAUUAUCGAGUUAUUUGCAUUUUAAUAGUGACGAUAACAAUAUAUAUGUAUAUAAUAUAUAUUAUAUAUAUAUAUACAUAUUGCGUUAUAUAUAUUAUACUCUAUACUAUUAUAUUAUAUAUAAAUAAUAUGACAUAUUAAAAUUCACAAAUAUAUAUACGACGUAAGACUGAACGCAGCACAUCCCACUUGCUGUAUAUCUGUGAGCCUUGAGUGCAGAGUAAGAACCAAACAAUCCUUAUGAUGCGAAUCAACUGAUUGUUUCAAAAUUCUAUCUCAAACAUUCGUAUCUUAUUUAAUUUGGAUUUUUUCUUUAAAUCGACAAAGCCAUUUUAUGAAUAACUAUGUUGUUUUUGAACGGUAAUUUAAUUUUCUAAAAUUUGGAUCAAACAUCAUGGAUUAUUUUUUUAGCGGUUGAGAUUUUCGAAAAAUCUAAUAUUAGAGCCGAGAAAUAAUGGAUUUGAUGUACCUAUCUUGUUUUUACCAAACGAAAUCAGAUGACUCGAUUCUUAUUUCCUUACCCAACAAUUUUUACCAAUUUUUUUUUUAAACUAAAUACGAAUAUCUACUGAAUGUAUUUAUUGCUAUGCAAAAUAUUGACGCAGCUGAUUUAAAUACAGUUUAAAAUCGUAUGUUUCUUGGAAAUCUUGAGUUACUAUCGAAGAAUCAUUUCUUAUUACUUACACGAUAUUAAUAGAUACAUCUUAUCUCUUGACUUUCCAAGCACUUUGGGUUGAUGUCCAAUGGUUAAGAGUGAUAUAUCUGUAUCAUUGCCUGUAAGAAUCAUUGCCCAAUCUUGUUGCACAAAGCUUUUUUUUAUCACUGAUACAAGUAUACAUUACUACACGAUAAAUAUUUCCCCAGACAUGAUAUCAAAGGAAUAUAAAACGAAAUUGGAGAUUAGAUGUUCUAUGAUUAACGAUACAAUCAGCGAAACUGAUCAAUCGUGAUUCGAAUUUGCCAAAAUUGUUAUAUCUAUGUAUAAAGUUAGCAUAAUAUUGAUCAAAAUUUACACAGUUAUACAGAGUGGGAGAGUUGUCAGAUAGGCAACAACAAGAUGAUGAUAUUCGAGAGGCAUUAUAUUUUUCGUGACGUGUAUUUUUUAACUCUUGUAGCUUUUUAUAAGCGUUUUAGAAAUCUUUGGAUUUUAACUUAUGAUCUGGGACUUGUUAAAAAAGAAGAGAAACACGAAAUUGAAAGUAUGCAAAUUUACGUGGUCACUUUUUUUGCAUUUUUAUCUACCUUUGAUAGAAAAAAUAAUUGUGAAUUCGUAAUCCUAUCGUAGUCACAAACUAUCUUGAGAAAUUGCCCCCCCCCCCCCCCCAGAUCCCCCGCCACUGUUGAA